AUGAAUACUUUAAUUAUUUUUGGAUCCGUUGCAUACAAUCCGCCUAGCGAAAUCACGACUGUCAAAGAGGUACAAGACACUGUGGAGGGUUUCCAACAUUCAUGGAAAGAAUCACCCAGCUGCAUGGAGUCGUCUUUGGCUAUGCACUGA